AUGUCUGCACCCAACGCCGGUCGCCAGUCCCCAGAGCCUGAGAACCAGAGUGGUUCCCAGCAGCAAGCUCAUCCCGCUCAACCAGGUAGUGGAAAGAUCGACAAUUCAAAGGGAAAGAAUGAGGGCAAAGAAGACCAGACCUCCGGUCUAUCGGACAACCCGACCCAUCCCCUCGCUGCGCAUGCCGAGGAGACCACGUCGAAGAAGGUCUAG